CGCCACAGCGUCUCGAUCAAAAGCAGCAAGCCUGGCUGUCGGUGUGCGCAGCUCUCUGCAGCAUUAGCACAGCGGACUGCUGUUUGAGUCCAUCGGUGCGGGUCUUCUUUGUUGAAUAUAUCUAUCGCUUUUUUGGGUGUUGCUGAGCAACUUUGGCUUGAGUCGAGUUGAAGAAACUGACUGGGGUGGUUCUCGAGCCUCGUUGUCUUGCUUUUUUCUUCUUUUUUAUGCACUGCAACUAGUAUUUAUAUCUGUCUCUUGCCUUUCUUUCUUCUCUGUUUUUUUUCUUGUGCCAACAUGAAAGUCAAGACCUUCAAGCACGCAAAUACACCCACCAGGAAUGUUGUCUACGCCGGUCUGAACCCCAAUUCCAGCUCAAUCAGCAACAAGUCCUCUCUACCUUCCAUCGACAAAUACAUUCCAACUUCAAUUAUUGCUCAAAUCGAAGAGCAAAGUUUGAAGAACGAUUUUGACGAUAUCACCUCCAGAAACACAAAGUUGAAUUCUCUCACCUCAAAUUCCAACUCAUUUCAGCCCAAUAUCGCCAAUAAUACCAGUUCUGGCACAAAAAACAACACCAUUAUUAACGAAAAUAUCAGCAGGAAGGCCUCUCCAAGCAGAAACAAAAAACCUUAUAACAUGAACUAUAAUUUAAAUCACUAUCGUCAAUCAUAUUCCAGCAAUCCACUGGAUGCUGCAAAAGCUGCUGCUUCAGCGAUAAAUAACUCAGGAAGCUCUUUAAGAUCCUACUCAUUAAACUCUACUUCUCCAUACUAUAAUCAGUUUGAUUUCGAUUCGCCUGCCUCCUUUGUUCAAAAUCAUUCCAAUAAUCAAGUCAAAUUACACAGAUUAAAUCAGUUGACCAGUCUAUCCAGUUUACCUAGUUCAAAUCAUAAUAAUAUUCAAAAUAACUUAAUAAGACCGAAUUAUUCAUUAUCAAAUCGUCGUUCUCAAUCUUUAUUGAAUUACCCUUUAUCUUCUGUUAAUCAAAAUCAUCCAAAUCACCAACAUUAUCAAACUAACUUAAUCACUCCACAAAAUUCUCAAUUGAAAUUGAAAUCUCCAAUAAAAAAUAACAAUUCCAAAAAAAAACAUUCAAUAGAUAAUUUACCUUUAUCAAAUAAUCCAAAAAUGAAUUCAAACAUAAGCUCAUUAAACACCUCACUAACUAACUCAUUAAACAAUUUUUCAAAUAUUAUUAAAACAUCAACAACUCAAAAAGGAAACAUCACCAUUAAAAAGACUAAAAUAUUCGACCCAAAUGGCAAUUUGAGAAAAAUAUCAAUCAAAUCAAUCAAAAAAUUAAAUGGUUAUGAUAUAAUUAAAUCAAACUCAAUUGAAAUUCCAAAUCCUACUCUAAAUACUAACCCCAAUAUGAACGCCAACACUAAUUCUAACUCUAAUAUUCAAAAUAAUAAUAAUCAAAAUAUCGAUAUUUGGAAAGAUUUUGAAACAUUAAAUGAAGAACCUGAUUCGGACCUGGAGUUUGAUAUAGAUUACAAUUUCAAUCAAGAAUUAAAUAACUUUCAAAAUAAUCUUGAAACUAAUCAUAACACAAACACAUUAUCAAAUACAUUACCAAAUAAACCAAAAAUUAAAAUAAACACUCAAUUAAACAAUAAAAUCAGUCAAGAACUUUUUUCUUCCCACACUACUCAAUCUCAAUCUCAAUCCCCAAAUAAACAAUUCAACCCAAACCCUUCAAAUAAUAAUCUUGAGGAUUCAGAACCUUUUAGCUUUGAGGAUAAAUCUGGCUCUAUAGAUGAUAACAUUAAUAAUAACAAUGUUCUUAUAAUUAACGGCAAAUUUGACAAUAAAAUUACAAAAAAAACUGUCGCAAAGACUGAUAAUAAAAUCAAUACUAAAACAAAACUAGAUUUAUUCAAUAUUCAAACAUCUCAUCAAAAAAACGAUCCAAAUCCUAGCUCUAAUUUGGUCAUUGAUAACUAUCUCGGCCAAAUUCCCUCAAAUAUCAUCGAAAUUGAUAACAACAGUUCCUUAGUUGAAACUGAGCCUUUAAAUUUAAACCGGACCUCAGUUCCAAAUUUUAACUCAAUUUAUAAAAACACAGAUAAUGAUUAUAAAUUCAUUUCAUUUUCUGGCCCAAGAAAACUCAAAUCUACUCCUCUGUUGACUCCUAUAUCUCAAAACCUACCUACUAUCCUAAAUACAAAAAGAUCUACUCCUUCUUUGAUUGCCAAUGAUGAUAUUCCUGCUCGUUCAAUUAAUAGAUUGCCCGAAGUACAAAUGCAUAGAAGAACCUCUUCAAAAUUGUCUUCCGCUGCUUCGAAUUUACCUUCUCCUUCUCCAAUACACGACUCAAAUAAUAUAUUUAAUUUAAGUAAUGGCAGGAUUAAUCCUAAUAUGAACAUCGAUUUGUUAAAGACUCCCCAAAGUAAAUAUGAUGAUUGCUCAAUUCCAGUUCAUACAACUCCGCCAACUUCUGAAUCAAAUUGUUCUUCUCCUAGAAAAAAAAUAUACAGUGUUAAUUUUGCCCAGGGCGUUCAAUAUAUUAAUAAUGAUACUAACGAUAAUGAUAAAAGCGUUAAAGAUGGAAAUAAAACUAAACGUCCAAGUGAUUAUUCUGAAGCUGAAUUGUAUGCUAAAGCUUUAGAGGUUGCAAAAGAAAGAGUUUAUGGAAAUAGUUCUCACGAGAAUAGUAACUUGGUUUUACAAAAACCUCAAACAAGAAGAUUUAAUAGUGGUGGGAUUAGAAAAUUUAAUGAUUCUGAUCGAUCCUUCUCUUUAAGAAGUGAUAGCUCAAAAGAUAAAAAUAAAUUGCGAACAAUGUCAUUAACAAGUUCACUUUUUGGCCAAAAUAGCAAAAUUUCUACUAAUAAUCGAAAUCAUUCAAUUUUAUCUUUAGAUUCUCAACUUUUAAAUAAGUCACAAUUCAAUAAAAGAAAUUUAAGCAAUAAUAGUGAGUCUGACUUGGAAAAUAGUUUGAGUGCACAAAAAACAUAUUCUGGUACGCUGAAAGCUUUUGUUAGCCAUUCAUUGAGAAAUAAUGAUCUCGAAAAUAAUUCGAAUCAUCUUUCUCAAGAAAAUAUUACAAAAAUAGUUGACGAUGAAAUUAUGUCUAAAAAGGAAAAAAAACGCCAGCGAAAAUAUCUUGAGGAAAAAAUAAAAUUAAGUCAAAUGAGUUUAAAAGAAGAAAUUGCAAAAGUUCAACAAAAUGCCCCAAAAAAGGUUUCAUCAAAUGAUAAAAAUGUAUCAAAAAAUUCAAAUAAUAAAAAUAAGCAUACAUUCAAAAGAUUCUCAAUUCAUAGUAGCAGUAAUAACAAAUCAAAAAAUCAUAAAUCCACGAAAAAGGAUGAGCAUAAAUCAAACAAAAAUAUUAAUAUAUCGAGUAAUAAAUCUCCAACAAAACCUGAUAACAAUGAUAAUAAUCAAAAUUUAAUGAAGGAAUCGGUUGUUUCAACCUCAGAACCAAUACAUGCUAAUAAUCAUAAAGCCUCAAAAUUAAAAAAAUUGUUUUCUAAGUUUUAAUCAGUCAAUUGGACAAAUUUUCAUUAAUUUUUUUUCCCUAAAAUAUUUGUACUUUUU